AGUCAACCCACGCCGCUCCCUUCAUCCCCCUUACGAGUCACUGCCAGUCUCAAUUCCUUUUUUACCCGAUCAACCUAAUCAAAUCCGUCUGGUGUGAUUCUCAACUUCAAAGUUCUCCCACUUCCCGCUCCCUUUUCGCAACCAGCAUGAGACUCCACGCAGUCUUCCUCGCCGCACUGCAUGGCGGACUCGCCUGGGGCAUCCCCUCUUCCGGCCAUUGGAAGACCCUCGCCCCAAUCCCGAUCUACCCUCGCCAAGAACGCGGCAUCAUCCCCGUUCCCUUCACCUCCUCCCUCACGGACAACGUCACCACCAUCCCCUCCCUCAAUACAACCUCGCUCCUCCAUACCUACCACAUCCCCUCCAACACCUGGUCCUUCCGCCCCUUACCGGGCUUACCCAUACCGCUCAACCACCCCAACGCAGCCGUAGUCGACAACAAACUGUACCUCCUCGGCGGCCUGUCCGACGCAGCCGGCGACGGCGUGUGGCGCGGCACGGGCCGCAGCUGGGUGUUCGACUUUGUGACUCUCUCAUGGAGCGAGUUGCCGUCCAUGCCGGACGUCCCACGCGGGAGUGCGGCGGUGGGCGUCGACGACGAGACCGGACUGGAGAGUGUGGAUGUUGUCAGUGCCUUUGACACAAAGAGGAGGGUUUGGGUGCUCGUGGGUGGGCGGGCGGGGAAGAUCCCGGGCCGGAGGGACCAUGCGGGCUGUGUGGUGGUGGAUGGGGUUAUGUAUGUCCUGGGCGGGAGGGAUACCGGGCAGGUCAAUGUCAGGGGGGAGGUAUUUGCGUUGGACUUGAGGAGGGUGGGGAAGGGGUGGGUGACGAAACGGGGCAGAAUGCCUACGGCCAGGGGAGGGGUGUGUGCUGCGGUGGUUGGGGGGAAGGUGUUUGUUCUGGGUGGGGAAGGGAACCCGGCCGAGGGCAGUGACGGGGUGUUUGAUCAAGUCGAGGCCUACGAUACGUGGAAGGAUAGCUGGGAGAGAUUGGGCAGGAUGAAGGUGCCACGGCACGGUACCUCAGCGGUCGCGGUACAGGGAGGAGUGUACAUCCCCGGAGGGGGGAUCAGGAUAGGAGGCGCCCCGGUGGACACGUUCGACGUGUUCUAUCCGUAAGUUGAGGAGGUAAGGAGCUGGCAUGGAAGGGAGGCGUGGUGGCAAGGGGGUCUGAGGAAAACAAGGGACAAGGGGUUGUAAUACACCGAGAGGCACAGUUGGGACUCGAUUGCUUAGCAUUCAUGCGCACAGCGAGCAAUCGGGGAAUGUGAGCUGUGCAACUCAACGUUCCCCUUCAAUAAUCCAGUCCUAAUAAGGCGCCCGUUUAAUCUAAAAGGCGCCUGCCCAAGCCACUGCACUAAACCCAAGAUCAAAACCAAGACAUGGUAACCAGCACUGCAACAACUAGAUGCGCUGUAGACUUAAGAUGCCUGCCUACUCCUUUUGAGCCAGGCCAUCAGCUGCCUU